AUGGGGGCUCCGCGCCUCCUGCCGCGCGUGUUCCCCGGGUCCCCGCCGGGGCCGUCGCUCCUACUCUUCCUCCUGCUCCUGCGCCCGCCGGGCCUCGGUCUCGCCUCCCCGAGGCUCUUGGACCACCCGGCGCCUGUAUGUUCCCAGGAGGGGCUGAACUGCACAGUCAAGAACAGUACCUGCCUGGACGACAGCUGGAUCCAUCCUCGGAACCUCACCCCCUCAUCCCCCAAAAACGUGCAGACCCAGCUGCGCUUCGCCAGCACACAGCAAGGACACCUGCUUCCUGUGGUUCACAUCGAGUGGACACUGCAGACCGAUGCCAGCGUCCUCUACCUGGAGGGGGCGGAGCUGUCCAUCCUGCAGCUGAACACCAACGAGCGUCUGUGUGUCAGGUUUGAGUUUCUGACCACACUGAGGCAUCAUUACAAGCGGGUAAGAGUCCCACCAGGGUGGGCGGUGGUGACUGUGGGGAGUGGUGUGCACACACAUACCUACAUGCACACAUGCAUGCACCCUGCUCUUCCUCCCAAUCUCAUGUCACGGCUUGCUGUUGGGAAGGCGGCUUCCUUGGCCGGCGUCUGCUGUCAGCCAGGGUCUCCUCCAGGAGGAGGGGCCCUGCCCAGCGCGGAGCAGCCAUGGUUUCCAGCGCAGUUUCUGGUCCUUCUACUUCUUAGAGCCAGAAUGGGUUCGUGUUUAGCUUGGUCAAAGCACUGAUUCCCAGUGUGUAGUCCCAAGCCCGGCAGCAACACCUGGGGAUUGCUAGAAAUGCAGGUUCCAGGUACCCCCCCCAGACCUCCUGAACCAGAGGCUGGAGUGUUCAAAUGGCAGCAAUUGGUGGUGACAAGCUGUCCAGUUGAUCCUGACGCAGGCUCGUCUCAAUUCUGCCGAUUUACGACUAAGAAGUGGCCACAGGCAGAGCUCCCACUAACACAAGCAGCAAAGACAGAUCCCCUGUCCUGUGUUUAGUGAGGAUGAGACCCCCAAACUACUGCCAGGAGGAUGGAGAGGACCAGGGACCCAAAGUGGUCCACCAGGGAAG